CCUAGACGCCGCCGCCCUAGCGAAUGCUUCACGCGCUUGCCGCUAGUCGGCGCUACGAGCCCGCCCAAGCACAACAUGAUAUUACAUCUUAUUUUGUAUUGAUACAUGUAAACAAACAGUUGUAAUUGUGAAUUAAAUUGUAUUUGUUUAUUAUUUGUAUUUCGUGAUUUGUGUAUAAAGAACGAGUAUAUAUACUAUUAUACUAUAUUAAACUUAUUAGCGUCAUGUGACACAAGUGAGACUCAGAGAGCUUAAGAUGCUGAAUCGGACGUUGCGCGUGCUUAUUAUAGAAAUAGCAUGAAAUUUAUAUUUUUUUUUUGUAAUAUAACUAAAUAGUACAAAAUAUCGAACUUAACAAAAAGUUUUAACUUGAAAUGCUCCGCGUAUUUUAGUUAGUGUAGUAAAACAUAUGUUUUACCAAAUCGACGCCAUAUCCUUUAAUAUAUUGCAAAGAUAGCUUUAUCGUACGUAGUUUUAUAGGCGAAAACAAUGCCAGAGGUUCUCAUAAAGCACCGAUAUCUUAUAGGUUGUGAUUUUUCGUGAGUAGCGUAGGGUAGGAGGGUUGGGGCGUCGGUAAUGUGUGAAGAUAAGGAAGAAUCUCGGAGUGAGGCGGCGGCGGCGGCGAGUCCAAAACGGCUGUGUUGGUCACGCCGGCCCCCAGCGCCGUUGCCUGAUACUAGGGGGCUCUGCUGCGCUAAACUGCUUAGGAAGAAUGGAAAACCAAAGAAGGUGUUACUAUUCCCGGAAGAAGGCUGGGCUCGAAGUGCAUCUUCUUCAUACUGGACCCUUCAACCGUGCUGGUGGCGGCGGUCACGAUGUAAAGUUGUUGAAGUCGCUGGAACUAGAAGGCAUAGUACACACGCACGGAUGGUAAUCAGUGGUGGGAAUGCUGUGUACAUCGUAGGCACGUUUAAACAUCUUGGUACCGAUGCCGAUUUUAAGUUGUACCUAACAACAAACGUGACCCAAGCCGAUUUCAACAUGGGUUACACAAUGACAGGCACCUUGGAGCGAGGAAGCCGGUCUACUAACACCUUCCAAAUGACACACUUCGCCGUCCUCCGCCGAUGCGAUCACGACGCACACCACCUCAAGAAUUCGUAGAUGUAGAAGCUGAACAAAACCAUAGACAGCGAUCGAUUCUGAACUGCCAUUCUCUAUUUUUAAAACUAAAAUUGAAAUUUUAUAUAAAUUGAUCCUAUUUCGAUAAUAACACUGAAGUCUGUUAUCUAUGUUUCAAUAAGUAUGAUCCUUUAUAAUAGAAUCAAGACAAAACUGCUUCAAACUUUUGUUCUUGGUGGUCCGUAAUAUAAUAUUUUUCUAAGGUAAUAUUUUAAAAAUAUUAAAAACAAGUUUAGAGAAUAACCUUCAGAAUUGACCCCAAUUAAACUUGUACAGUAAAACGCUUUUCUAUGUAAUUUUUUUAAUACUAUGUUAUUAAAAUAAUGCUCAAAUUGUUUGCCGAUGACCAACCGCUAUGAAAUAUUUAGGACAGAUUUAUUAUUUAACAGUACUGUUAAAUUUAGUGGUAUAUUUUCUACACGUAUAAAUAAUCAACUUCCCUAGACAAAAGGUAAAUAAAUCGAUCGAUAGAUACGUUAUCGCCUAUGCGGGUAUGAAAUAGAACGAAGCAGCAACAUCAGGCGUCUGAUUCUAUCUUACGCUUACCACUAACGUAAUCUAUCGUUUGCCACUUAUCUAGAGGAUAAAUGUGUAGAUGGAACGUGGAAUCUAUUAGGUGCUCAAUAAUCGUAAUAAUCUACUAUUGAUUGCUUUAUGACCUAUCUAUAUGAAUCUCGAUUAAAUAUUACUCAAAAUAAAAAAUAGGAUUUCCAAUUAAAGAUUCAAUUAUAAAAUUAAUAAUUACUAAUCAUUUACUUAAAAGGCAAUUAGUGUGUUCUUGUUAUUGUAACAGAAUGACAGUAGCGUCUGCAAGGUAUCCAAGUAAAAAUAAUAUAUUUGCUUCACAAAAAUGUCGACUUAAGUAAUAGUUAGUAUGUACGAAUGAUCUCAUAGAACUUGCUAGUCUUUACUUUGAGAAUAAGGUUAGUUUUAAGGUUAUAUUGCCAAGCGAUAUUGUGAUCUCAGACAUCUGAAAAUUUGUCAUAACUUCCAUAAGGUUUUUACGAGUCAUUCUCUUUAUUACCCGUGUUAGUUAUAAAUGUCAGUAGUACGAUAAUUGUAUAUAAUUUUAAUAAAAUGUACAGACGCUUGAUGGCCGAGUAUAGCGGCAGCAAAAGUAGAUAUAUUAUUUUUAUAAAUUUAUCGUAUUUGAACAUCACUUCAGUACCGUCUAGCGUCUUAAACAGACUCACGUAGUUAUAGGACGGGCAUUUGUUUUUAUGUGGUAGAUAAUAUUUUCGAUGGAAUGAUGUAGAAUAAUCAUUUGUAAGCUUCUAUUAUAAAAAUCACGAAUCUGUCAACUUGGAAUAAGUCAGGAGUCAACGUACCUGCUUUACGACACAUUGUUUAGAUAAGCGAAUGCAUUGUAUCGUAUUUAUAACGUAAUAUUAUUUCACCUGCUCAUCGAAAAAUGUAAAUGAAUCGAAAUUCAUUUUAAAAUGGCUGUGAGCGAGAUAUUUUGGUGAAGCGUUCACGUUUCACUGAGCAAAAGAAUAAUAUAUUGGUCAAGCGCCUAUACCUAUCGCUCGUGGACGGACUCGCUGCUCUAUAUCUAUCUAAAUGAAAACAGAUUUCGUUUACAGAAGCCAAAUGUGUAUAAUAAAUCAGUUGAGCCUUAUUUAUCUCUAUCUUGUGGCUUAAAUAGUGAUUUUUCUGUCUGUGUUAUUGUAAACAAUACUAUGGUUGUAAAAUAUUAAAUUCUCGUAGUAUCUACUCUAUUUUUUUUUUACCAGCAACCAACAAACUUCAGAUUUGAUGUUUAAAAAAACUUUAAUUAACAAAAUAAUGUGUAUUCAUUGUUCUCUACAUUUUCGUGAUAUAUGUAAGUAGAUAGUAAAUAUAAGUAUACCUAAUAUAUAUAAUAUCUUAACAGAAAUAUGUAUAGACUGAAUACUGGUUGAAAUAGAAAUCAUUAGCAACUUUUUAAGUUUGCUAUACAAAAAAAAAGUGUUGUAAAAAAAAUACCAGGAAAAUUGAACAUUUUCCCUCAAGAAACUUAAAUAGGAAAAACAACGAAAUUUUUUAACUUCUCAUAUUAACACGGUGUGUUUAGCCUGUCGUGUUAGUAUAGUGAGCUUUAAGUUUUUGUCGUUUUUCGACCCAUGUUUCUGUGUGAGAAAUAAUAAUAAUAAGUUACACAAAUUAUGUAUUUUUAUAUAUAAAUAGACAACGGGAAUUUAUACGUUUAAGAACAAAAUUUCCGAAUAAAGUCCAAAAUAUUAUCACUUGUCAUACAAGCAUUCCUAGUAAGUUUAUUAAAAUUCUGUUUUUCAGUUAUAUAUAGAUAAAUACAUAAAUAAAGAACGAAAAUUUUGAGAACAACACAUAUUUUUAAAAAUUUACGUUCUUUUAGGUAUGAACGUCUAAAUGUAUUUCUGUUAAGUCGAUUCGAUAUAAGGAGUAAGGGUCGAAGAACACAAACGUCCAGUAUCGCACUCCCUCCAGUGUUUAUACACAACAUUUAUGUACAAAAUUGUAUUGUAUUUGGCUUCAACUGUUUGACUGUAACUAGUUGUAAAGUAGUGCAAACUGAUCUCAACACUUGUUUAAUUACACACUAAUGAUUUAUUGGUUGUAUAAGAUUUUAGGAUCUACUAAUACAAAAUAAAGCUAGCUUCUAAUUUAUAGUCUUGAUGCGGUAGUUAUCUACGUAUAAGAAAUUCUUUAAAAGUAGUUAAUGAUUUUUUUUAUUUGUCCAAUAAAUAAACCAUGUUUUUUUUCCUGUUUGCUUGUCAUACUUAAUCACUUUAAUUUGUUUAUGUCAGGCACCGAUGACCUACUUUUACUUUUGUCAAUUUAGGUACGGGUCAAUUUGUACUUACUUCAAUUAUGUCUUGAUAUUAACUACUUUUCUUCUUCGUCGGUCACUCUUGUCAGAGUAGUCGUGGUUGUAAAUGGUGUACACGAUGGACCUUCUUUAUAGAUCAUCUUGCUCUUGAUUGACUGUCCAAAGACAAAACUAAAAAUACGUAAUAUAAUUAAACAAAGAAAACCAAUCUUAAACCAGGGUGUAAUCAAUAUAAGAAUUUUCUCAAUGAAACUUUUGUGAAUUUGUUAAUGAAAUUUAUUCAUGAAUAUAUCUUAUUUUUACUUAAUUAGGUAUAAUUUAUAUUGUGAGAAUUAGUAAGUUAAAAAAGCGUUUUAUGGCAAUCGCCAUCGGCUCCCGCUGACUGAUUUAUUAAAAAAAUUUCAGAUGAAUCAUAUAAGAUUUACGAGUAUAUAAGUUGAUAUGUAUUCGACAGAUGUAGCCCAUCAAAAGUUCACGGGUUCAUUUUCCGAACUAAUAAAAAUAUAAGACUAAGUACUUUAGUCUAACUUAAUUUAUCUAAAAGAUACUAGGAUCGAUUCUGAAGUGCCAUUUCUCUAAAAAUUUCCAUAAACAUAAAACUAUCAAAAAUAUUUGGUUAAAAGAAGUUUAAAUAAAUAGUGCUUCAGAAUUGACCCCACUGAUGAUAUUUACAUACUCUAUCACUUAUUGUUAUACAAUAAAUAAAAUAAUACGCCGUCACUCAUAACAUCUGGAGUACAUAUAUAUAAAUAACUAGAUCACUUAAUUGAAAUGUAGCGGUUAGAUUCUUUAUGAGGUGUAAACUUACCUACAGAAAUUCCCAAAAUGCUAUUAGUUUUAGAACUUUCUGCAGGAAAGGGGAAAAACCGGCACCAUUUAAGUGCAGUCACAAAUAACAACUAUUGCUAUAAUAUUAAUACUACAUAACAUAAUCAAGUAUUAAAUCAACCAGCUUACGUACUACCAAAUUGUUAGUAGAUAUAAUGUAUGUUAGAAAUUGUUUAGUAAUUUUCUAGUCCAACAAUGGGUAGGUCGAUUUAUAUUAUAUACUUAGGUACUUUUUCCAAUUGCAAGUAUUUAUAUAAUACAAGUGCCAAAAACAGUUUAGGGAGCUUUUAUUAUAAGUUUUAAAUUUAUGAUGACAUUUUUUUAUAUAAUUAUAAUAAUGUGAUGUUGUAAAUAAAAUUCGCUUCAAAUAUAAAUGUUGUCUUUCGUAUAUGGAGAUGACUCAAAUAAAUUGUACAAAAUAA